AGAGAGAGAGAGAGAGAGAGAGAGAGAGAGAGAGAGAGAGAGAGAGAGAGAGAGAGAGAGAGAGAGAGAGAGAGAGAGUUUAAAGUGGAGGUGUGUGUGUAGUAGUAGUUGUAGAAGCGAGGCAGGCAGCACACGCGGGCACUCACUCUCGCUCCCACAUGUGUAUCGGGCGCUCAGGUGCUUCCCAGAGGGUCUAGUCUGAACUUGAACCCCGACCCUCGGACCCGCAGCAUGGGGUCCCACCGGAGACCACGACCCUCCAGCGGCAUGGGGUCCCACCGGAGACCCGGGGUGCUGGUCAUGCUCUGCCUGCUGGUCGCCGGCACCGUGGCGGGGCUUGGAGUCUCCGAGUCCCCGGAGGAGGGGACCGGAGCAGCGGUGCUCCCCGGCUGUCCCGCCCGCUGUCAGUGUGAGAUGGACGGGCUGCUGCACCGGCUGGACUGCUCGGACCUGGGACUCAGCGACAUCCCCGCGGACCUCAGCGUCUUCACGUCCUACCUAUACACCUGUCCAUCUCUGUCUCUGUCUAUCCAUCUAUCUUCAUAUCUUUCUGCCUGUCCGUCUGUCUGCUUGUUUGGUCUGCCUGCCUGUCUGUCUGUCUCUGAACUUUUUCUUUCUCUCAACAGCCGUCUAGAUGCCAAUCAUAUUUCAAGUGUUCCCAUUGGCUCAUUCUCUGGGCUCCAUACUCUUCGCCACCUGUGGCUGGAUGAUAAUUGGCUGAGUGAGGUGCCAGUCAGAGCUCUAAGCGACCUGCCCGCCCUCCAAGCCAUAACAUUGGCUCUCGAACACAUCACUCACAUCCCGGAUCACGCCUUCAGCAACCUCAGCAGUCUGGUGGUGCUGCAUCUCAACAACAAUAGGAUCGUUACCAUGGGAACCAGCUGCUUCCAUGGUCUCCACAGUCUGGAGACGCUGGAUUUGAACUACAAUAACCUGGUAGAGUUUCCCAGCGCCAUCAGUUCACUCAGUCACCUCAAGAGCUGUACGUACCACUGCAACAGUAUCCAGUCCAUCCCAGAGCACGCCUUCACAGGAAACCCCUCUCUGAUCACCAUAUUUUUCUACGACAACCCUAUCCAGUCCGUUGGUCGCUCAGCUUUUGAAAACUUACCGGAGCUACGGACACUGUCUCUGAACGGAGCUGCUGAUCUCACAGAGUUCCCAGAUCUGUCAGGAACCCGGAACCUGGAGAGCCUCACCAUAACUGGAGCUCAGAUCGUCUCUCUCCCUCCAUCGGUGUGUGAAGGGCUUUCAAACCUCCGUCUCCUUGACCUGUCGUACAACCAGAUCCGGUCCCUGCCAAGCAUGUCUGCCUGUGAGAGCAUCCAGAAGAUUGACCUCCACCACAACCAGAUAGAGGACGUUCUGGAGAACACCUUCCAUGGGCUGAUGUCCCUGGAGUCCAUAGAUUUAUCGUGGAACAAACUUUCCUCUGUGGCUUCGGAAGCCCUUUCUGGUCUGCCAGCGCUGGUGAAGCUUGACCUGUCAUUCAAUCAGCUGUCGUCUUUCCCUCUGACUGGUCUGCAAGGUCUGAGUCACCUGCGAUUGGCCGGAAACUCAGAGCUUAUGGAGUUUAUUCCAAGAGAUAGUCUGCCGAGAGUCAGGGUGGUGGAGCUCCCCUAUGCGUUCCAGUGUUGUGUGUUUGUGUCGUGUGAGAGGAGAGGGGAGAAAGACGGGGGAGAGGGGGAGGCCGUCUCCCCUCGGGAACGACAGGACGUCCCGGUGCGGAGAGAAGACCCGGACUGGGAACAGCUCCUGUUGGACGAUGAGCAGAAGUCUCAACACACAGUGCAGUGCAGCCCGGCCCCAGGUCCGUUCCGACCGUGCCUCAGCCUCUUUGGCAGCUGGCUGAUCCGCGCGGGGGUGUGGCUUAUCACCGCGCUGUCAUUGGUCAGCAACGGGCUGGUGAUGCUGUCCGUCUUCCUGUCCCCUUCCUCCUGGGCCACGCCCCCCAAGCUGCUGAUUGGCUGGCUGGCCGUAGUGAACAGCCUUAUGGGGGUCUGGAGCGGCUGGCUGGCCGUGGUGGACGGCUGGACCUUCAGCAGCUUCUGGAGGUACGGGGUCCAGUGGGAGAGGAGCUUCCUGUGCCGGUUCAGUGGUUUCCUGUGCGUGUUCGCCUCCCAGACCGGCCUCUUCCUGCUCACGCUGCUGGCCCUGGAGAGGAGCCUGGCCCGGGCCCGGGCCCCGCCCCCUGGGGAGGCCCCGCCCCCCCGGGGAGGCCCCGCCCCGCCCCCCUUCUCGGUGCGUCUGGCCGUGGGUCUCUGCUUCCUGCUUGGUCUGGCCGUGACCAUGCCCCCCCUGCUGGCGGGCCACAGCGCUACAGCGCUCUGCCUGCCGCUGCCCUCCCCCUCCUCCUCCCCCUCCUCCCUCUCCUCCUCCCCUUCCUCCUCCUCCUCCUCUUCCUCGUUGGCCUUCUGCGUCUCCCUGCUCCUGCUGGACUCCUGCUGCUUCCUGGUGAUGACACUCGCCUACGCGCGCCUCUACUGCCGCGCCGGCGGCGGCGGCGGCGACCGCAAGCCCCCCCCCGGCGACGGCCCCCCCGGCGACGGCCCCGCCUCCGGGCCGCCGUCACCGUGGGAGCGGGACGGGGCGCUGACCCGCCACGUGGCCUGGCUGCUCUUCUCCGACUGCCUCCUCUUCCUCCCCGUGGCCUUCGCCUCCUGCUCCUCCCUGCUGCGGCUCCCCGCGCGGGGACCGGCCGCCCUGAGGGGGGUCCUGCCUGUGGUCCCGCUGCCCGCCUGCGUCAACCCCCUGCUCUACCUCCUCUUCUCCCGCCCCGCCCGCCGCCAGCUCCGCGCCCUGGGGCGCCGGGUCCUGGGGGCCCUGGGGGGGGGGCCCCGGGCGGCGUCGGAGCCCUGGUGCGACGAGGACGCGGAGAAGCAGUCGUGUGACUCUACGCAGGCGCUGGUGGCCAUGAGGAGGGUGGGGGGCGAGGAGGAGGGGGAGGGGGAGGAGGAAGAGGAGGAGGAGGAGGAGGAGGAGAGAGGAGGAGGAACGAGACCUCCGAUGGCGUGUGUUGCACCGUGUCUUUAGGCUAACACACACACACACACACAUGCGCGCGCGCACACACACACAUACAGACUCACACACCGCACACAUGCAAACACAAUCACACACAAACAUUCACACAACCACACACGCACACACCAAGUUUGCAUACAAACACGCACACACACACGCGCAGACAUACACACGCACACACGCGCGCACACACACACAAUAAUCCAGGAUAAGCGGAUAUACUUUCUGGAUCAAAUCCCCAAUUUCCUCAUUUGUUAGUGCGAGUCAAAGCACGAGUCUAUCUGGUAUCUGAAUAAAGGUUAAAUACAAGUUAAUGAAUCCACCUAUGGAACCAAACACAGGCUGCAUUAUCACUUUGACGAGUGGCAACAUUGCUAUGAUUAAAAACCUCCCGACUUUACAAAUGAACUGAAUAAAAUGUAGCAAGUCAAAUAUUUCAUAUCCACAAUUAUCCUCCUAAUGUUCUUCUACUGUGUGUGUGUGUGUGUGUGUGUGUGCGUGUAGCUGUCUGUGUGUGUGUGUGUGUGUGUGUGUGUGUGUUGUGUGUGUGUGUGUGUGUGUGUGUGUGUGUGUGUGUGUGUGUGUGUGUGUGUGUGUGU